AUGCACGCCACUUCUGUUCUCCGUAACGCGGCCAGAACCCCGCUCAUCAGGUUCCUCGGAAAGCGCUCUGUGCCUACCUCCGUCGACCACACUCCCCGAGCUCAUCCUGCCUCGCCCUCCGGCAGCCUGCCCGACUCCUUCGUGACAUAUCGCGCCAAAGCCCAGCAGCACGGUCCUUUGGGCGCUGCUGCCGUUGGUGCUGGAUGGAUUGGCCGUCGUCCCGGUGCCGCUCUGGGCCCCGUUGAGCCGAAGGCGGGCGAGUUCUUCGACCGCGAUGAACUGCCCCAGCGCUUCCACCGUCUGCCCUGGACCGAGACUGAGAUCGAGGCCAUCGAGACCGGCGGUGCCAGCCUGUUCAACUAG